CGGGUGCCACUGGGUUGAGGGAGAUUUGGCGCCAGUUUACUCCAUGUCGCAGAAGAGAAUACACGCAUUUUUCUACUCGCCAUUAUUACCGAUAUGAUGGAGUAAGUGGACCUCACGGCUGGCGCCCUGCGCGCAGUACAACGCAAUCAUGAUGGAGUUUAACACCACACCUUUGGUGGCCACACCAACAACUUUGAUAUCAAGAAGUGCAGAACAAACAGUUGGCUAUGGACAACAUGGACCUGUACACCAUGCCAUCCUCCCCCUCCCUCUUCCACAUGUUGGAGAGUGAGGAGGAUUUUCCCCUUGGGGCCAAGACCACAUCUUUCCUUCCUCCUGCCACUGCCUCAAAUGCAGCUGCCAGCAACACCACCACCACCACCGCUGCCAGCUAUGAUCUCCCAGAGUGGAUGGAGGGCCGAGAAAUCCUUGGACUGUCCGACAUGAUAGGCUUUCCACUGUCCCUUCAAGCCUCCUCACAUCAGGAAGGCACCAUCUUCCAACUGGACAAUGACAACUUGAGCCCUGCCAUCAAGCCUGAAGACAUGCUAGUACCUCUGUCUGAGCUGCAGCCUCCAAACAUCCCUGCCAUCAAUCAUCUUGGCCUCACUCCCCCUGCCACUCCUCCCCCUGCCCUCACUCCCCCUGCUACUCCUCCUCGUACCAUCACUCCCCCUGUCACUCCUCUUGUACCAACUCCCCAUGACAACCCUGUCUGUCCACCUCCAGCACGGGCCAACCCUCCAAUCCCGAAAAUCAUAAUUUGCCGUAAAGUCACCACUGCUGCUCCAAGGAGUAAACCUAUCCAGGUGAACUUUCAGGUAUUGCCAGCAAAACAUGUGCCACAGAUCACCAGUGCUUACCAGCUGUUGCCUGCAGCAUCCUCCCCCAGCCUGCAGUCCAAGAAGAGCCAUGAGACUCAGGUUGGUGCCAUGACCAUUGGAGGAGGCCAGGUGGAACAUCAGGUCAGUAACAUGGCCAUGGCACUGCCACAGGAUGCACCAAGAACACAGGCACCACAGACUUGUGAUGCUGAAGAGCUCAUUGAUGAAAUAGUGCAGAUGAUAAGCAGCGACAGCAGCACUGGUGGCUUCCAGGGCCUGGAGAAUGUGUCCUUUGAUGCUUCAACAAUGGAGGCUAGCAUGGAAGACCUCCUCUUCCAGCUGGAAGCCUCAGACUCAGUCACUACAUCCAUGGACUCAGAACCUGCUUCACCCUCCUCACUUUCCCCUGAAUUCUCCUCCUCUGUGCCUGUACCCUCAUCUCAACCCUCUGAGUCCUUCCCAGCACCCCUUUCUGUCCCACUUCCUUCUCAAUCUCCAUCUGACUUUGCUUCAUCCCCCAGCUCCUCUGAAGCUUCCUCACUACCCUCCCCUGCCUAUCUUCCUUCCCCAGUCCCCUCUGUGGGCUCCCUUUCCCCUGCCCCCUCCAGCAGUGAGUCUCUCUAUGAUGAGAGUGCAAGCUGUGAUGAUAUGAAGACCUUAGAGGAGGAAUGGAGUCCCCUGGAGGAAACACACUCUUACUCUCGGUCACAGCGCAAGGUAAGAUCAUCCCGCAGGGGUGGCGGUGCCAGAAAGACACCUUACCUAGAGGACCGCAAGGAACGCAAGAAGGAGCAGAACAAGCAGGCGGCUCUGCGCUACCGCCAGAAGAAGAAGCAGGAGGAGGACGACCUGAUAGAGAAGAUCCAAGCAGAGGAGGAGCGUCAGGAGAACCUUAAGUCUAAAUACUCUGGCCUGAAACAGGAACUGAGCUACUUGAAGAAGAUCAUGAGGGAAGUAUUCGUGGCUCGUGGCUUGCUCUCAGAGGAGGCAAUGAAGAAAGCUGCUCUGGAGAGGAAAAAAAGUAGUAAAUAAGUAAAAACAAAAUGUUUGGCUUGGCAGAUUAUUCUCAUCUUAACACCAAUGAAAGGAUUAAUAAAUAAGUGGAAUCCAACCCCAAGAUUAAUAGUAAGCUUGACAGGCUAAUGUAUCGUAAUGGCCAACACUCCACCUUAGUACAAAAUUGAAUUGGUGGCAGGAUGGUCGUAGCUAAUCCCUUACACACGUCUCUUGUCUUUGCUUGUCAUCAGCUUCUGUACACCUUGGGUUGAGUGUGGGGACUUAGAGCACAUCACCAGCCCAGAACUAGGAAUGCACCAGGUGUGUCCGCACAGUCAGCCUUCAGUGUGUAUAGACGCUGGGACAACAGGACGACGGGAGUGUGGCAAGGACAUUGACGCAUCUCGCUUUUUCCCAAUGUUCAUUUGUCAGUUCACACUGAGUUGCAAGGGAAGAUGUAGUUUUGGCCCCUGUCUGCACUUGUAGCUGUAAGGAGGGCCGAGUGGGCAGGACAGGGCACAGGUAAGUGUCCUGAGCUUAAUGAAUGCUCUUGUGAGCAGGAAGGUGCCAGGAUGUUGGUCUGUGCCUUGCCGUCCCUUGAGUCCCUCAUAUAGUUAUAGUUUAUGUAACCAAGUAGUGUCUGUGCUGAUAUUAGGGCGUGACAUAUACUAUGUUUUAUAUGGAUUAUUAUAUAGUUGUGGUUAUAAUUUCACUCUUCUGGUUUUGUCUCCUUUUCAAGUUUCACAAUAUGUAAUAAUUUAAUUUUUCUAAUGUCAUCUUUUCUUAGUAAACUGUCUGAACAAUAUUUUUUUAAGUAAACCAUAUCCACAAAA